UUCUGGGAUGACCACUCCAGGGAAGAUUGCCAACUGUCUUGAAGGCUCUCCAUUUGGUGAAUUUCAAAUUGAUGGGAGAUGGCCUUAUGACCCUUCCCAGACUGAUGAGCAGCAACAAUUGUUUCUCUGCCAUCAUGGCAUGAUGCAGACACAUCUGCAUACUCCAGAAUGCCAAACCACCAAACGUUCUGCUUUAAUAGAGGUAGUCACACUUCUUAAUGAUGAACUAAUCUAGUGCAUUUCAUUAGAAACACCUGCCUGCUAAUUACUCUCUUAAUGAUUGUGGAAGUAGGAUGGGUGUUCUUAUUUUUCCCCACCAGGGUUCUGAAUGUUGGUUUACCUUUUGGGGGAAAAAUGAUUACUUAUUCAAAAUCUAUUUUUGUUGUUGUUUUCCAGCUGAGGAUAUUUGUUUGUUUAUAAGUUUUAUAAAUUGGUGAGGACCACACAGUUGUUAUUUAGGUGUGAACUUUAUUUUUCCCAUGACAGUAGAUUUUCCAGUAAAGAGUAACUGCAGAGUACUUCAACAAAUGUUGAGGUAGUAAAAAUCACAGCAUAGUACACAAAGUUUCAAGAGAAACAAGACUUUUCAGACAGGUUGAUGCACUAUUGUAAUCCUGGGGGUGAAAUCAGAUGAUAUUCCACAUGGCUGACGAUGUAUGAUCUCUAGUUAGUCUACUCACUCACUCACUCAUUCAUUCAGCAACCAAUUGUGUUUGACUAAUUUGAGGACAGAAACAAAGUCAGAAAAAUGCGAUCAGUUAGGAAAUCGUACAGUCCUCCUGAUUGUGACACUGACACGUAGAUGCGUGAUUGUAGUCAUGAUGGUAAGUUUGCAUUAGAAAAAUAUGCAUCUGAAGGAAAAGUCUGGGAGUGAUUGCAGUUCAGUAAUAAAUGCAAAUAUAGUAAUAAAAAAAUUGCAACAGAGUAUGCAUAACGCUUUAUGUGUGUUAGAGAGUAGAAAUAGAAGAAAAAACUUGUAAUGAUUUGUUGUUUAUUGCAGAAAAGAAAAGCCAUUAUUUCUGUUCAGGUGUUAAUUUGAUAGUUUAGUUUAAAAAAUAAAAUAAAAUUAUUGAAAUAAUCAUCAUCAUCAUCAUCAUCAUCAAAUAAAUAAAUGAACAGUAGAUGGCAGUGUAUACAGUUGUCUAGCAACAAUAUGCGCCGUAGAAGAAGUUUGAGCGGAAGUGACGACAGAACUGCUGAAAAUUUAAAUUUGACAACGGAAAAGCGGGUUUGGAGGAGCCAUGAUGGAGAAUACGUUUCCAAUAUACAAGGUGGACGCUAUCGUGCAGUUCUUUCGGACUGAAGUCCUGACCGGACAAGAGGCGAAACAUUUUGCAAAAGGUGAUAUCACUCCAAGUCCAAAGAUGGAUGUCCUCCAGAGACUCUACAUGAGAAUACUGGAGCUUGUUUAUCGCUUCAGGCCUGAUUGCCAUUACCUGGUACCUCUCUCAGAAAAUCUCCAGCACCCAAUGUUACAUGAGUGGUCCACACCAAUCUUGAAUCUCUAUGCAUGCAUGUGUCAGUUUUUACCAGUGUGCCAUGUGUAUGACUUUUCCCUGAAUGACCUGCUGAAUCCCAAGCCCAAAAGAACGAUCACUAUUUUGAGUGGAAUCCAAAAUUUCCUGCACUUUCGGAAACAUAGGUUGGAAAUCAUGGCAGGCCAUCAGCAAGCUUUUCGGGCAGAUAUGGAUAAACUUCAGUCGUUCACAAAAGGCAUUAAGGAAGCCGAAAAGAAGAUCGAGAAACUGAUGACGAUCCCACCAGAGCAGCAAGCAGAGGCUAAAGAACUGGCCGCAGCCCUCACAGAACUGAAAAACGCUACCGUGCAAGAAACCCAAGCAGUGAAUGCCCUUAAUGAACAGGUCACAGAGUGCAAAAGAGAAAUCGCAGAACAGUCACAGAAACUGAAACAGAAGAAGCUAGAAGUAGCCACUCACAAAGACGAAAUAGCCAAACUUAAGUCUCAGAUUGUUGAGUCUCCUGAGGAGCUCAAGAAUGAGAUGGAGAAGAUGAAGGAGAGCAUAAAGAACAUCAAGAUCUCAAAAGAGCUGGCAGAUGAGAGGCUGGUGGGGCUGCAGAUUGAAGUGCAGUGCACUAGCCAAGGUGAAGCAGAGAUUCAUGUUAUACUGAAACAGCUACAUGAUCUGCAGGCCAGCAUGUGCAAGACUAACCAACAGAAGGAAGAGGUCCAGAAUCUGGUAGCUCUCUACGAGUCCCUGCAGAAGGAACUAAAGGGCUUGAGCAAUGAAGAGGGCCAGCUAAAGAGAGCUCUGGCCAUGAAAUAUGACAAACAGUCCAAGCAGCAGAUUCGCCAUCAGAAAAAGAAGGAGCUCAAAGACCAUCGCGUCCAGAAUAUACUCGGGCAAUAUGACAAAGUUCAUGAAAAACGUGAGGAAAUCGUGGAUCAGAUAAAAAACAUCAACCGAGAGACCACGCAGUUGAAGGCAAAAAUGCAGAAGCUUCGAGAUACCUGCAACCAAAACACUGAAAAAGCUCAGGCCAUUUACGACCGGCUGCUCACCACACUGGAGCAGUACCACAAACGUCUUGAAAGUCUCGUGAUGGAGGGGAGUGCUGAUAUCAUGAAGAUGAAAUCCAAUUUCUAAACUUUUUGUCCCUUUACACUAUUUGCUCCAUUGUAGUCAUUUUCCUCUGUACCUUUCGCAUAUAUGUUUGUCAUGUGUAAAAUUUCCUCUUUUAAAAUUAAAUAAAAUGUUACUUUUUGGUACACAACAUGAUUAAACUGAUGACUGUGCAGUGGGUAGCGUUGCUGCCUCACAGCUCCAGAGUUCUGGGUUUGAUCCUGAGCUCGAGUUAUUCUCUGUAUAGUUUUACAUGUUCUCCCUGUGUUCACAUGAGUUUCCUCUAGGAUCUCCGGUGUCCUUGCAUUAUCCACAAAAUGCAGUUGGGUGGAUUGGCUAUGUUAAAUUCCCCUAGGUGUGAAUAAGUGCAUGUCUGUGUGCGUGUGUCUGUGUGCGUACAUGGUUCUCUGUGAUGGACUGGCAUCCCAUCCUGCCUUUAGCCCUGUGUUACUGAAAUAGGCUUCGAAUUCACCAUGCACCUGAGGAAUCGGGGUAAAGCGACUACUAAAAAAUAAAUGAGUGAAUGUUUUAUUUUUUCUUCAAAUCUGUUUGUUUGAUUGUAUUAUUUGUCAAUAAAAAUUUGUCAGGCAUUAAUUUAAAAAAAUAAACAAUAUUAAUCUAAUCUUUCUAGUUUUCCUAUUUUUCCC